ACCGCCACAGCCUGAGCGGUGCCGGUGAGCUUGCAAGCUUACGCGGUCGGACUGCGUAGAUGAUCGGUUGGAAGCCCGGGAAAAUGGCACGCGAUGCUCUCGCAGUGCUUCUCGGCGGUCUCAUAGCUGCUAUAUGGGCGACUCCGAUCGUGCACAGAGAUCCUUGUUCCGCCAUUGCGAAUCAAACCUGGGUCUCGCCUCAGAACGUCAGGGCUUGCUUCACCUCAUUCUCAGUGGAGACUGAUAUCAAGGAGAAUAUCAUAGAGGUCGUGAACAAGACGUUGGCUUUCCAUACUUCAGUCAACUAUCAGCGUCUGGCACCUCCGCCUUUCUCCAAUGAUGUACAUGAGGACAUCUUGGCGGACUUGGCACGAAUCAGUAGCCAGAAGCACGCCUCGGAUUUUGACUUUCACCUUGACCUAUCUCGGGCUUUCAAGAGGCUCAAUGAUGGGCAUUGCGUCUACAUCAACCUAUGCUAUGACUAUAAGCAUGUGCACAUCGCACCAGAAGCAUUCGAGGUCGCAUCCGCUGAGUUCGGAGAAGAAAUCGAAUGGUGGCAGGAGGCGCUUCCUGGAGAACUGAAAGGCCAACUGAGCUCACUGUCCGGUGCCAAAGUCCUGCUUAUUGAUGGCGUUGAUCCCUUUGUUGCGGUUAAUGCUAAUGCACUGAUCACGGGAGGCUAUCAGGGAUACGGAACACGCCAAAACUCAUUCUUCUCCAGCUACAACCGAGCUGAAACAGGUUGGGUCUAUGUCAUGGGUAACUUUGCGCAGCAAAGCCUACCGCUAAUCGACUCCGUGAUUCUGACCAUACAACGGCUGGGCAGCGACAAGAACGAUACAAUCGUGCUCCCAUACCGCUCCCGCAUAUCACCAUCUGCAUCGCCAUGGAGGGAUGCUGCCUCGUUACGAGUUGAUAACUGUAUUGCAACGAAUAGCACAAACGGCGUAGAUCUCUACGCCGAAGCCGAUGUGACCUCCGAUUCCGAAAGGCGGCAGCAGCCCCUUCGCAUACCGACAAUCAUUGAGGUUCGAAGACGCAAGCAUCAUAUGAAUGCCCUUGUGAACGCUGAGCCGCAACAGAGUGGCGAGCUGCCACCACGUCUCACGCCGCCAUCUGCGCUGAAUGGGAGCUCUGGUGUCGCGCAAUUUCAUAUGCUGAACGAUAGCCGGACUGGUGUUCUGGCACUUGGAAGCUUCUCGGCAAGCUCUUUCAAGAAUCUGCAGCGGAGCUUGCUGGACGGUUUGCAGGGCUUGAAGGAGCAGGGUGCCGAUCGGUUGAUCGUUGACGUGACGAAUAACGGUGGUGGCUACAUUUGUAUUGCCCAUUGGCUGCAUCGUCUGAUUGCCGGUCCGAAGAACACCACUAUCCCGCAGGCAGGCUUGCAAACCCAGACCCGUGCAGGUCCUCUUGCGCAGUUUAUCGUCCAAGAGAUCGCGAGUGGUGCCGAUCCUGAGAACCAACUGCUGUACAACCCCUUGAAUUGGGAAUUCGCUAACAAUACUCCAUUUCCGGCGUCGUUAGAUUGGCUGUACCCUCCGGUGGAGAAGAUCGUCAACCGGCGGGAGGACGCGUUCAGCCAGAGGCUAGGUGACGAGUGCCAGCCGUUCGAGACGGACCCUCCGACAGAAGCGCUAUUCGAUCCAAAGAAGGUGACCAUCGUUAGUAACGGGAGAUGUGAAAGUUCGUGCUCGUUGUUCAGUAUAGCCAUGUCAAAGGAAGAGGGAACCAAGACAGUCGUCGUCGGUGGCAAGGCUGACGUUCCACAGCAGUAUUGCGGAAUCGUAGGUGGUCAAUCCACGCGGUUUGCUGAUAUCGACACGGAAAUCAAGACGGCUGGGCUUAAGAACCACUCGUUGGCUCCCCCUGAUUUCAAGACGAAUAGUAUUCAAGGCAUCACAUGGAGGCUCGGAUUUGGCAUAGAUGAUCCAUCGCGACCGGAAGAGUGGCAAGAUCAUCCCGCGGACGUGAAUCUUCCGCUGACCGCGGACAUUGUGAACAAACCAAUUGCUAUCUGGGAGACAGUAGCCAGGAACGUUCUUUGAACCACUGUCAUGCAUGGCCAUAUCUUCUGAGACGAACAGUGGGGGAAGCGGCAAUGUACUUUCGGUUGCUGAUCAUCGAUCUUAUGCGAUAGAGAGCGCCUCUCUGGUCACGAUGCGGGGAUGCGUAAGUUUUGUGACGCUGCAAGGCGCCUACAGGAGAGAUCAUUCGACCGAAGUGAAUCAACGUCGUCUCUGAUCAUUCAUUGACACACAGCUUCGCUCUUGUGAGAAAGCCAUGGCGAGGGAGAUUCUCCUCAAUGGGUGGUAAUUCGUUGAACCGUGCGACUAGGAUGAGCUUCUCAAGCCUAUCAGAAAACGCCUCACACCCGGUCCCCCCACGCGCCUGAGACUGUCGACGGGUAAUUGUCUCACGCCCUUCCGAGAAAUCGU